GUAAAAAAGACUUUACAUUAAACUACAGUGCUAUAACUAUAUUUCCUUUUAAUCGAAUCUAUCAAUCAUCAAUUUCUAAGCAACCCCACAAGGAAAAAGUGUAAUUGCGACUUUUCUUCAUCUGAAAAAGACUCUGUAUAUAUUCAUUACCUUCUAAGUUUUGUCCUCAGAAAAGCAAAACCCAUCAAAAAUUGAAUAUCCAGGAUAAGUUGGUGAAUUGCUAAUGGAAGAACACUUGGUUUUGUGUGUUGAUCGUCUCAUCACACCUGAAUCUUUGCACUCGCUGCCAAGGUCCGAGGAUGCAGAAUCCUCCGUUGGCAGAUCUUGCUCUCAGGUAGUUGGUACGUCCUCAGUUAUUGAUGCUAAUGACAACGAACAUCCAGGAGUUGGAGGUGAAGAAGAGCCAUUACUUCAGAAUGUGGAAUGCCGGAUUUGCCAGGAAGAAGAUAGUGUGAAAAAUUUGGAGGUUCCUUGUCGUUGCAGUGGCAGUUUGAAGUACGCUCAUAGAAAAUGUGUCCAGCGAUGGUGCGAUGAAAAGGGAGAUAUAACUUGUGAGAUUUGCCAUCAGCCUUAUCAACCUGGCUAUACUGCUCCCCCGCCGCCUCCCCAAUCUGAAGAUACAGCCAUUGACAUUAGUAGAGGUUGGACAGUGGGUGGCACUCAGAUUGACUUACAUGAUCCGCGACUUCUUGCAAUGGCUGCCGCUGAACGCCGUCUUCUAGACGCUGACUAUGAUGAAUAUGCUGAUUCAAAUGCUAGUGGAGCUGCAUUUUGUCGUUCUGCUGCUUUAAUAUUAAUGGCCCUUCUGUUAUUGAGGCAUGCUCUGACCAUUGGAAAUGCUGAUGAGGAUGAGGAUGAUGUUUCCGUUUUUUUCUCCCUUUUCCUACUCCGUGCUGCCGGUUUUCUUUUACCUUGUUACAUUAUAGCUUGGGCUAUCAGUAUAUUGCAGCGUCGCAGGCAAAGACAGCAGGAGGCAGCAGCAUUAGCGGCAGCCGAAGUUGCUUUCCUGCUGCAAGCAGGGCAACAUAGGGGCUUGCAUGUUGCAGUUGCACCUGGACAUGCGCCACCAGUAGAGCCUUCGACAACACCAGGACGGGCAACAACUCCUCAGGCGGCAAUGCAACCAGGACAGGUGGCAACUCCUCAUCUCGAACCAGUAUAAACAGCUUUUCUCUGUUUCCUCUCCUAGCAUUUUGAAAAAAGUUGAUUGUACUGAUGGUAACUUUCAUGGCGGGGAAAGUUUUUCCUUUUUCCGUUUCAUUUUUAAUUAUUUACUAGCUGUAUCUUUGCAUUGAGAGAUGCAGAAGCUCCAAAUUUCCUCUCAUUCAGUAUUCCGUUAUGUUCGUACAUGUCAAAACAUAGCAGCCCCUAGAUGGCGUUGGAGUCUUCGCCUCCUGGGGUCAGUUACAACUUUAUCAGAUCUUUUCUUCAAGUGUGUAGAUACCACCAUAUCUUUACAUCAUAUUAAUCGGUUGCUAUUGUUUAUUCU